GACCCCUCCCCCCCCCUUUAGGCCACUCGCCUCACUUCCUCUUACCUCAGGCCGGCUCGCUGGGCGCCCCAGAAGGACCAUGUCAGCCUGGGAGUCUUACUACAAAAAUGAGGAAGGCGAAGAAGAGGAGGAACAAGACGAAGAGACCGAAACAGUCGGAGACUAUAAAUAUUCAGGACGAGAUAGUUUGAUUUUCUUAGUUGAUGCUUCCGAGCCUAUGUUUGAGGCCCAGAACGAUGAGGCGGACGGUCCAACUCCCUUUGACAUGACAAUCGAGUGUAUCCGAAGCGUGUACACCAGCAAGAUCAUCAGCAGUGACCGAGACCUCUUGGCAGUGGUAUUCUACGGCACCGACAAGCACAAGAACUCAGUGAAUUUCAAGCAUGUUUAUGUUCUGCAAGAAUUGGAUAACCCAGGGGCGAAGCGAGUGCUCGAGUUGGAUCAGUUUAAGGGAGACCAGGGGAAAGCGCAUUUCCGGGCCUCGAUCGGCCACGGAGCCGACUACACGUUGAGCGAGGCCCUGUGGGUCUGCUCGAACCUCUUUAGCGAUGUCCGCCUCAAGAUGAGUCACAAGAGGAUCAUGCUGUUCACCAAUGAAGACGACCCCCAUGCCCGGGACAAAGCCAAAGCUGCCCUUGCCAGGACCAAGGCCGCUGACCUCCGAGACACAGGCAUCUUCCUCGACCUGAUGCACCUGAAGAAGCCUGGGGGGUUCGAUAUCUCCUUGUUCUACCGGGACAUCAUUAACACGGCCGAGGACGAGGACCUCGGGGUCCACUUUGAGGAGUCGGGCAAGCUAGAGGACCUCAUGAAGAAGGUUCGGGCCAAGGAGAUCAGGAAACGGUCUCUGGCAAGGUUGAAUCUCAGGCUGGGCAAAGAUGUGGCUCUCACUGUCAGCGUUUUUAAUCUAGUCCAGAAAGCUUUCAAGCCACCUCCAAUAAGGCUUUAUCGGGAAACAAAUGAGCCAGUGAAAACCAAGACCCGGACAUUUAACCUUGACACAGGGGGGCUGCUCCUGCCAAGUGACACUAAGAGGUCGCAGACCUAUGGGAAUCGUCAGAUCGUCAUGGAGAAAGAGGAGACGGAAGAAUUGAAGAGAUUCGACGACCCGGGUUUGAUUCUGAUCGGUUUCAAGCCCUUGACGACGUUGAAGCGGCACCAGUACCUUAGACCCUGUCAGUUUGUGUACCCUGAGGAGUCUCUGGUUAACGGGAGUACCACCUUGUUCAAUGCCCUGCUCACCAAGUGCCUGGAGAAGGAGGUGCUGGCCCUGUGCAGGUACACGCCCCGGCGGAACACCCCGCCGCGCUUCGUGGCCCUGGUGCCCCAGGAUGAAGAGCUGGAUGCCCAGAAGAUUCAGGUCUCUCCCCCAGGCUUCCAGCUCGUCUUCCUUCCUUUCGCUGACGACAAGCGGAAGGUCCCCUUUACCGAAAAGGUCCCGGCCAACCCAGAGCAGGUGGACAAGAUGAAGGCGAUUGUCCAGAAACUGCGCUUCAAGUACAGGAGCGACAGCUUUGAGAACCCAGUGCUCCAGCAACAUUUCCGGAACCUGGAGGCCUUAGCCCUGGACCUGAUGGAACCCGAACAAGCUGAAGAUCUGACCAUGCCCAAGGUUGAAGCAAUGAACAACAGACUGGGUUCCCUAGUGGAUGAGUUCAAGGAGCUUGUCUAUCCACCCAACUACAAUCCCGAAGGGAAGCCUGUGAAGCGAAAACAAGGUGGUGACGGCCCUGAGGAGAAGAAAAUCAAGUUCGAAUUGUCUGAACAAGAGCUGAGGGACCACGUGAGGAAGGGCACCCUGGGUAAACUGACCGUCCCCCUCCUGAAGGAAGCCUGCAGGUUGUUUGGGCUGAAAGGUGGGGGGAAAAAACAGGAGCUGUUGGAUGUGCUAACGGAGCAUUUUGAGAAGCAAUAAGAGGGAUUCGGGGGAGACCGCCCUGCAGGAUUCUGUCGCAAAAGUCCAGGCUCCCCCGGCCAUUUUAGCCAGCGACCAAAUUCGCUCUUCUGCUCUAAUGAGAAAACGCUCCCGCGAAAGGAACGGGAUGGAGAGUCCCCCCUCUAUAGUGUCCCCAGGUAUCGAGGGCUCUUGAGCAGUUGAGAUCCUCGGUCGACUAAGGGUGUCCGACUUCUCAGGGGGCCCAAGUGUAUCUGGCUCCACCUUAGCUGGGCCUUGCUUUAGUGCCCGAAUAAAGAUGCAUAGUUUUGUACCUGA